AUGGCGGGCGGCGGCAAGCUCGAGAAUCAGGACAGGAGCAUCGUGGUGGAGCCAUUCGGCAAGCACGGCCAGUUGCUUUUAGGCGUCCUGGAUGGCCAUGGGACGUUCGGCCACCUGGUGUCUUCCUACCUGGCCCGCCACCUCCCGCACGUCCUGUACCGCCAUAUCAACGCCGCCGCAAAGCACGAGGCCGCGGCAGCAGGAGCAGCAGCAGCGGCGGCAGCAGCAGCAGGCGGCGAAGCCGGCGCCGACGCCUCUGCCGUGAACGGCGCCGCCGGGGGCCCUCUGGCGGCGCGGCCGGCCGGCCGCGCGGCGUGGCUGCCGUUUGGCGCCGCGUUUGCUGAUGUGGACCGAAUGCUGUGCGGCAGCGGGGUCGACGUGUUGGAGUCUGGCAGCACCGCGGUGGUGUGCCACCUCGAUCUAGACGCGGCGCGGCUCGCGACGGCCUGGGUCGGCGACAGCCGGGCGGUGUUGGCCGCGCGAGGGGCGGGCGGGGGGCGGUGGCGGGCAAUCGCGCUGAGCGAUGAUCACAAGCCGGAGCGGCCUGAUGAGAAGGUGCGAAUCCUUCUGAACGGCGGCCGCGUCGAGCAGCUUCAGGACAGCUUCGGCCGGCGUGGCGGCCCGCACAGAGUCUGGUUCCGCCACCUCAACUACCCGGGACUGGCGAUGAGUCGCGCCUUUGGGGACCUGCCAUGCCGCCGCCUGGGGGUGCAUCCCGAACCCGAGGUGACGGAGGUGGACUUGGGGCCCGAGUGGGGCGCCAAGCGGCGCAGCGGCGGCGGCGGCGCGGGCGGCGGCGGCCCGCGGUCGUGGGGCUGGGGCGGGAAAGGGGCCGGCUGCGACGAGCUCAUGAUUCUGAUAGCUUCGGACGGCGUUUGGGAGUAUAUGGACAAUCAGGAGGCGGUCGAUGUGCUUGCGGGGCAGCCGGACGCGUCAGCGGGCGCCGCCGCGCUGGUCAGCGCCGCCGUUGACCGGUGGCAGGCGGUGGACCCAUCAUACAUAGAUGAUAUCACGGUGGUCGUCGCGCGCCUGCACCGGGGGCAGUGA